UGAAACAGCCGUACUGUACGCCGACACUGCAAGUAAAGAAAUGAAUGUUCAAGUGACACAGGUUCAAGUGACAUUCCCCCAACCAACAGACACACAUCCUGUAGUACAGUGUAUAUUUAACAAUAACCGCAAAAAGCUCAAGAAGUUACUGAGGCACAAUGACCUUAAUGGACUUUACCCUUCUAGAGAGUGGAAGGAAUGCAUAACUCCAUUGAUUGCUGCUGUUGUAAAUCACAAUGCAGAUAUAUGGCGAAAUGCGGAAAAAUACUGCCAGGCAUGUAUUAAAUGGCUAAAGGAAACUGGAAAUGUGAAUACUUACAUUGCAGGUGCAGCCAGUCGUUUUCCAAACAUCCCUAAGACACAUGUAACGCUGGCAGUUGAAAGUUUAAAUGCAGUUUUCUGUACAAUGGAUGACAUAACAAAUGAGCAUGCACUAGCUAUAGUUCCACAACUACUGAAACUGCUUGACUCACAAGACAGUGGUGUUUGUGAAUCAGUGCUACAAACACUGUAUGUAAUAACACAGAAAACAAAAGGCACAAAGGACUGGGACUUAGACUUUUUAGAGAACUUAUGCAGAACAGUUGCCCCUUUUGUAAAUGAGAAACACUCCACUGAGAUCAGGGGCUACACAUACGGUAUAUUCGCCAACCUGCUGUCAGCUGAAAAGGCAGCUAACAUUUUUAUAUCAGUGGGCAUAACUUCAGUGCCUGAGGACAUACUGACAUCAGCUGAUAUGAAAAUGAAUGAAAAGCUGAAAGAGGUGCUGAGAAGUCUGAAAGAAUAUCUGAGCAAACCAAACUCAGAAUGUGAGGGAAAUGCAGCAUCGUCUGUGGCCAAGAAGAAAAAGAAGAAGAAAAAGAAGGAAAAAAAGCAAAAGCAAGAAGACCCAAAUGAUGAAGUUUCCACUGCAGCAACUGAACCAACAACAAAAGUUUCUGUUGUCGAAUCAACUUUAAAUCUAAAGCCUUUUGACUACAACACCAAUGAAAAAUCAGAAAAACAAAACUGGCUUUCAAUCAGCAAGAGGUGGAAGAAGGAACUGGAGAUGCUUGUUGACUCAGAUGACAGUAAAAUAUCCAGAAUCAGAAGCAUUAUUUAUGUGAAUGAAGAAGAAUUCAGAAUAGCGAAUGGAAGUGAUGGUACUGAAGUCUUCUUGGGGCUGAGAGAGGACGGCACAGAAGUUGCCAUUAAGAGAAUGUCUAAAAGCAAAUACAAAGUCCUAAAGAAAGAAGAAGGAAUCCUACGUCUCCCUGAACUCGAUCAUCCUUAUAUCGUACGAUAUGUUGAUUUUCAGGAGGAUGAGAACUUUGGAUAUCUUUGUCUGCAACUUUGUGAAUACACAUUGGAAGAAUAUAUCACUAAUGUCUGUAACAACAAUAAGAAAGAAAAGGUUUUAAGGAAACUCGUCGAAGAAUUUCUAGAAAGUCUAAAGGUGCUUCACUCUCGAAAUCCAAAAAUUCUUCAUCGAGAUCUCAAACCCCAGAACGUUCUAAUUGAUGUUAAUGGGAGGGCAAGAUUAGCUGAUUUUGGCAUAAGCAGACGCUUACUCAAAGGCCAAACAACUUUACGUACACGCAGUGCAGGAACCAAAUGCUGGAUGGCCCGAGAGACUUUAGCAGAAGAAUCUGUGAUAUCAUACAAGUCAAGCACUGACAUACAGGUGGCAGGCAUGCUGAUCUAUUAUAUCCUGUCUGGAGGCCACCAUCCAUUUGGUGACAUAUCCUGUAAAUGUGACUCCAACAUUUAUGAUGGGAAGUACAGUUUGGAUCAUGUUCAAGAUGUGGUGGCAAAGGAUCUCAUCGAGUGGAUGAUCAAGAAAGAGCCAAAGGACAGACCCAAAGUAGAAGAAUGCUUAAACCAUCCCUUCUUCUGGACUCUGAAAGAGAAGACUGAAUAUUUGAGAAAGAUCGGUAACAGGGACGAGGUUGCAAAAUUUCGAAAGACUGAACAGGAGCUGAUUGAUUCUCUAGAAAAAUGUGCUGUGGACGGAUCCUUUAAACAGUGGAAAAAUAAGUUUCCACAAGAUGUGGUUCAGAAGCUGGAAGGUAAAAAGCCCUACACUGAAAACACGUUGGGAUUACUGCGCUUUAUCCGCAAUCUCCAUGAGCAUUAUGCCAAGGAAGCAGCUCAAAUUGAUGUUCUGGCAUUGUUUCCUGAUCUCUUUGGGUGUGUUUACACAUUUGCAAAGAACCAAGGCUGGAAUUCAGAGACACCAUUAAAGGAAAUGUUUCAAAGAGAAGACAGAGAGGAUAUUAGCACAGUUUUGAUGAUGCCAUCUAAAAGCACGGAGGAGUCCCUGGGUGUCCCCGUUCAAGAGUCUCAAAGCAGUGAAGUGAAAGUUGACAGACUUUUAAAUGACUGCAGAGUCUAACAAGCAGCCAUAAAAAAUGAAAUAAUAACUGUAGCAGUAGCAGAGAUGUCAUGCAUCCUGCUGCUCUGUUAUUUCCCAAAGGAUCACCAAAGAAGACACCGAUCUGCUGUGGUGAUCCACAUGUUAGCACAUAUUUGUCCUUCCUUACACAACCCUCCAUUUUACCAACACUAACAUUGCAGUAACUUGAAGCUAGAUUUGUGUCUUCAUGGAGCCACGACCAAGACCCUGAGACUGAACCAGCUAAAUGGAUUUUAGACACGGUGUAUAUUUAUACUGUCUUGUGUGAAACAAGUGCCUGAUGUUUUAAAAAAGUAGUUAUUGAUUUUUAAAAGUAUGAUAGAAAUAGAUUAGAAUUACAAUUGUUUGAGUCUCUUUAUUUUAAUUUACACACAGCUAUGCUACUUUUGUUUUUCUGUUCUCUUUUAGGUUGUAGUUUCUAAUUCAUUGAUACAUUCAUUAAGAAACACAAGAAGAAACAAUGAGGUGUACUUAAAGAGUGGAACUUGGUAAGAUUGGUAGCAAACAGAGGACUCGGUCUAGAAAAAAUACCAUUAUAUUUUUAUUCAGUUAAUCU